UGAAACAGUGCCAACUAGCGGUCUGUGGCCAUUCCUUCCUGACUCAUUGCGUUGUUGGUAAAGGAGUAUCGCUGUCUGAGGAAUAACGGGUUUGAUGACCGGACUGCUCGUAUUUCAAAACAUCGUUUGAAUUGGACGUUGCUUCCGAGGCAAGAAGAUGAGUGGAGGUUUGUGGAUCCUGGGCGCCGUCGCGGCUCUCCUCUCCGUGCACUUAGCCAGCUCCCAGGAGCUGACCAUUGGGAACGCGGUCUUUGCCAGCCGGCUGUACCGGGCGGUCUCCAGCCGCACGGACGACAACGUGCUCCUCUCCCCGUACACCUUGUCCGCGGCAGUGGCCAUGCUUGCCAGCGGCUGCGAGGGUGCGACGCGGCAGCAGCUUCUGUCUGCGAGCAGUCUCGGAUCCCUGGAGCCAACGAAUAUCCCAGGUCUCUUCCAGGCCCUCCAGAACUCCAUCACCGUGGAAGGGGGCUUCCCCCUGCAGCAGGGCCUGGCCGUCUUCCCCUCCACAGCCUACACCCUGGCCCCCUCCUACCAGGAGCUGGUGGAGACCCAGUUCAGAGGCAAGGCCCAGGGCCUCUCCUACGCCUCCCGGAUGGAGGCCAUGCACUCCAUCAACAGCUGGGCCCUGAGCCAGACCGCCGACCAGGUCAAGGACGUGGUGGGCAGCCUGGAUGCCGAGACCAAGCUGCUACUGGUCAGCGUGGCAUACUACCAAACUCAGUUCUCCUUCCUCUUCAACGCCAGCAUCACCCAGGACGAGCGCUUCUACGUGAACCGCUACCAAAUCGUCCAGGUGCCCAUGAUGUUCCACUCGGGGAAGCACCACCUGGCCUAUGACCCCUCCCUCAAACUGGGCCUCCUCAAGCUGCCCAUGGCGGGCGGCGUGGCCAUGCUGGUGAUGCUGCCUGAUGAGAACAUCUCUGUGACGUCAGUGGAGGAGGAGUUCACAGCCGAGAGGUUCCAGGGUUGGCUGCUGAAGCUUAAGAGGACGAGGUUGGAGGUGCAGCUCCCUCGCUUCCUGAUGGAAAGUUCCAGCAAUCUGCAGGACGUCCUGAAGCAGAUGAAGGUCACAGACGUCUUCCAGGACGGAGCAGACCUGUCCGGCAUGACAACAGAUGAAGGCAUCCAGCUUACCCAGGUUUACCACAAGGCAGCCAUCACGGUGGACGAGAGCGGCCCGGUCACCGGGCGCUCCCCGAUGGAGAUCUUUAACAGCCCUCCACCCCGGCUCACCAUCAACAGACCCUUCCUCUUCACCAUCUAUCACGAGAAGACAGGCAGCAUCCUUCACAUGGGCCGUGUGGUGGACCCCAGCCAAACAUAGUCACCCACUGUCGGCUACCUAACCCAAACCCCAGGGAAAACCCAGCCAAGUAUCCCUAACCCCGACUACAUAACCCCAGCCUCAGACACACAUUGAGAACCAUCGCCUAUCUACUACCUAACCCUUAACCCUGAGAAGCUCAACCCCAACCACAUAGCACCUACCCCAACUACAUAACCCCAGCCUCAGACACACAUUUAGAACCAUCGCCUAUCUACUACAUAAACCUUACCCAGAAGCUCACCCCCAACUAUCUAACCAUGUCACACAUAUAGGAACCCACCUUCUUAUUCCAACUAAACAACCACAUUAUCACAGAAACUCUAUGUUUACAUGCAAAUACACUGAUCCUAAUCUGGUUAGGACAAACAGGCAAGUUAUUAACUGUCAUGUAAACAUCUUAGGUCGGUAAGGAGAAUGAAUGUAUUGCUUAAUGCAGUUAAGGCGCUACGCUGUGCAUGUAACCAUGCUGACCUGGUGUCUAAUCGUAACCCCACUAUCUAAAAUAAACUAGCGGACUACAUAUAACAUAUUUCUGUUUUGUCUCCUAACAUUUCUUGAAUCGACUGAAUGGUUAGGACCUUGUACGUAUUUAAAACCGUUUUAUUGUUGUGGUGUUUUAUAUGGUUUGUGUGAGCAAAUCACAGAUCGGCUUGCAAAACGAACAAUCAAAUGAUAUGGCUGCUAUCUGAACCAAUCAGAUGAGGGUAUUCUAAUAAUAGCAAUUAUAAUAAUAGAGCUUCUUGUAAUGCUACGUAAAAAUACUGUCUUCUGCAAGCAUGUUCAGUUAAUAAAUAAAACUGAUUCAAAGUGUGAAAUCUGACCCUGUUUGAGUCUCGCUUUUUAU